GAACUUUUGAAAUUAAAAUGAAGGCAUGUUGUUGAUUUCAUUACUGCCUCCAUAAAUAUUGAUAUAGUCAUUAUUCUGUGUGUGUCUGUGUUAUAAUACUAUAUAAUGUAUGGAUAUAAUCUGAUAUCAGAGGAAAUUACAGAUGAAAUUAGUGCAUUACUUUAUCUAUCUGGAGACAUACUCAAAUAAAGAUCUAAUCUAAUUUAUUAAUGGCACACAAGUGUUGACGAACGUUUACUUUGAUGAUUAAUCCAAUGUCUACAGCUUAUCAGCCAAUUGUUGUACCAUAGCACUUCGUCUUUUACAUUUCAACAGUGAUCAUGCCUAUGUUUUCAUUCUCAGCGCCACAUGUGCAUUCAUCAUCAUCAUCAGCAGCAGCAAAAGCAGCAUCAAUGCCUUUAUCUGUCACAAUGACUAUUUGGGUAUAUAUUUUUAAAAUUGGAAAACAAAUACUUUCAAGAAAAUUCUUGCUGAUUUUUAUAAUUUUCAUUUUAAUAUAUGCAGCAUACAUAUCAAAAAUUGAUUUUUUGCAAACUUUCAAUAAAAUCGACAAGUCGAAGAAAGAGUUGUUUCGUAAAACAGAAUUAAUUCUGAACGUGUCUAGAACUAACUCUCCUACCAGCCAUAGUAAUAAUUAUAAUAAUCAUAAACAGCCAAAUAAUCCUAAAAGAUAUUUAGGUUCACUUGUGACAAAUCUGUUUGAUGAACAAAACUAUGUACUGAAAAGGAAAUUCAAUAUUAACAAUCUAGUUCUAUUUCCAUUUGAAACGAAUAACCCAUACACCGAUGACAGGAUAUUAGCUCAAAUGAGUUAUGUACCAGUACAAGUAGUAGAAGCUCGUAAAUCUGGUCGAGUAAAGAGAAAACGCAUUCAGUAUUACGACAGAACUGGUGUUUCAAUUCCCAAUCUUUCCAUUUGUCCUGUUAAUGAAUGUGAUAUUGUCUAUGGCGCUAGUGACAUGCAGAAAGCAGACUUGGUUGUUUUUGAGAGUGGACAUUCAUACUUUGCAUCACCCAAGCCAGCAAAUCAAACCUGGAUCCUUUAUCAUCUCGAAUCACCGGCGAAUUUUGAUUUUGAGGGAUUCAAAGACAAGAUUAAUUUCACUGCUACAUACUCUAUGGAUUCAACUUUAGUUACACCUUAUUAUAAAUACAUAUCAUAUAAAGACGUUGAACGCAAGGAUUUCAACAACAGUACUCAAUUAAUCAAAGAUUAUUCAAUAGGAAAAACUAAAAUGGUUGCCUGGUUUGUAAGCAAUUGCGUUUCAAACAGCCCACGACUUGAAUAUGCCAAAACACUGAAAAAAUAUAUCCAGGUUGAUAUUUAUGGUGCAUGCGGCACACUGGUCUGUGAACGAAGAAAUGAAGAAUGUUUCAAACUGCUCAAAAAUGACUACAAAUUCUAUUUAAGCUUUGAAAACAGUAUAUGCCAAGAUUAUAUUACUGAGAAACUAUUUUUGAAUGGCUUAAAAAAUACAAUUGUCCCAAUUGUAAUGGGUGCCUCAAAAGCAGAAUAUAUGCGAUCCGCUCCAUCGAAUUCAUUUAUUCAUGUGGAUGAUUUUAGUUCAGCUAAACAAUUAGCCGAUUAUCUACACUAUCUUGAUAAAAAUACCACAGCUUAUAAUGAAUACUUUCAAUGGUUAAAAUAUGGAACACUUGAUUUUAACACAUUCACUGACUGUCGUCUAUGUAUGUUGGCGCAUGAAGUUGAAAACCUGAAAGAUGGUCAUUGGUAUACAAAUAUGGGUGAAUGGAGGAAUAAUCAGUGCAGAAAUCGUGUACAGCCAAAUAUUUAACAGAAUAAAGUAUGAAUGACUGAUUGAAUGACUGUUUGAUGCUAAAUUUUUUUUAUCAUGUCUAUUUUAGAUUCUUAUUUUAUUUUAAGAAAAGAAACUGUUUUGUAUGUAGAUUUACUCAUAAGUGUCGAUAUUUUACAUUUUUGAAUAUCAAAUUAUGAAUACUGAGGGAAGGAUUCAUCAAUUCGCAUAUUAUUACUUUAAGUUCUUCCAGACUAUCCUCUGUGAUGUUUUACCUUUGGUAUAUUUUGUAUAAGAUACAUGCAGUUUUUUAAAAAUAUUUUAAUCUUGGUUUUUAACUGUUUCAUUUUCUGAAGCUGAAGGAAAAUAAAAAGAGAAUUGAUUUCA